AAUUGCACAGAUAAACACAAAUUUAUUUUAAAACAUUGUUAAGCAUUCUAGCGUACAGAUUAAAGUCUUCCACAACAAUGGACACUUCUUUGGAAUAUUAUUUUGAUUUUCUUUCACAACCCUCCAGAGCAUUAUACAUUUUACUAAAGGCAAGUGAAACCAAGUUUGAACCUAAAACAAUAAAUUUGUUGGGAGGUGAAAAUAUCCAAGAAGACUACAAACAAAUCAAUCGUUUUCAAAAAGUGCCGGCCAUAAUUGAUCGAGAACACGACCAACCGCUGCACUUAGCCGAAAGUAUUGCCAUUCUUCGUUAUUUAGCAGCCAAGAAUUACAUUUCCGAUGAAUUUUAUCCCUGCGAUUUUCAUCAAAGAGCUCGCAUAGAUGAAUUUCUAUCGUGGCAACACAAUGGUAUUCGUACAUCAUGUUCCCUGUACUUCCGCUUUUUGUGGGUACAAGAAAAAGUAUUUGGUUCACCUGCUUCCGAAGCCAAAGUGGCGAAAUAUCGCAAGUUAAUGGAAAUUGAUUUGGAAUCAAUGGAAAAUCUUUGGUUAAAAGAUAGCGAUUUUUUGACUGGCUCUAAGUUGACGGCAGCUGAUGUUUUUGGUGCUUGCGAAAUUGAACAAAUAAGAUGUUGUGGCUAUGAAAUCAAAAAUAAAUAUCCCAAAGUAUUUGCAUGGAUUGAAAGGGUGCGUAAAGGAUUGCACCCAUACUUCAACGAAGCACAUCAAGUGAUUUAUACGUAUGAAAAGGAUUAUAAAUCAAAGUUGUAAAUAUAGUUAUUUUACCAAA